AUGGAGAAGGUGCCAUUCCAAGGGCUAAUUCCUGCUGAGUUCCCCUGCAGAGGACGGAGGCGGGAACAAAGGCCGGCUUGCUCCCGCAACUCCCUGGGAUCGAACCUGCUUGUGCCAGGGCGGUUUCCAGCCAUCAUGCAGUGUGCAGAUCUCUAUAGUGUCAGCCAGGCCAGGUGCCGGGACAUUUACCAGGGCAGGAUCACGGAGAACAUGUUCUGCGCUGGCGUGCAACAGGGCGGCAUAGUAAAGCCACCGACCGUAUCCAUCACCACAACCGCCAUGGAGCUGCUGAUCAUCGCGAUGCUGGUAGUCGGGGCAGCCGCAGCCUCGGACACAGAGGGAAUCCGGGUCGUUGGGGGGAGAAACUGCCUCUUUGGUUCGCGGCCCUACCAGGUGGCUCUCCUGAGGAACGGCCGCAUCUACUGUGGCGGGAGCCUGAUAGCCCCGAAGUGGGUGCUAACUGCUGCGCACUGCAGCAGACGGAUCAGCAACGUGCAGGUGCAUCUGGGGGAUUAUAAUCUCCGGGCAAAGGAAGGCACAGAACAGAUACGAAGAAUCCGCAACUUCUUCGUGCACCCGGGGUAUAACCUUCGUCCUCGUGACAACGACUUCAUGCUUCUGGAGUUGGAUGAGCCCGCUCAACUCAACAACUAUGUGAACACAAUCAACCUGCCUACCCGUUGUCCCUCUCCUGGAACACGAUGCAGUGUGUCGGGAUGGGGCACCAUCAAGUCCCCCCAAAGGCGGUUCCCAGCCAUCAUGCAGUGUGCAGAUGUCUAUAGCGUCAGCCAGGACAGCUGCCAGGAAAGUUACUGGGGCAGGAUCACGGAGAACAUGCUCUGCGCUGGCGUGCAACAGGGCGGCAUAGGUACAUGCCAGGGCGAUUCAGGAGGCCCACUGGUCUGCAACGGGCAGCUGCAGGGCGUGGUCUCCUGGGGGAAGUCUGUCUGUGCCCUGCCGGGACAGCCCGGUGUCUACGCCAAAGUCUGCAAAGCUGCCCAGUGGGUGAGGAGCACCAUAAGGAGGAGGCUCGCCAGAUCAGACUGA